UCUCACUAAUGGACAUCUACUCAUAUUUCAGCGUCAAGGACAAAUCAUUCGUUAUUACUGGUGGCGGCGCCGGUUUAGGCCGCAUGAUGGCUGAAGGCCUAGUGGCGGCUGGUGCGCAUGUUUACAUAGCAAGUCGCAACGAGCAGGUACUCAAGGAGACAUCGCAGUCCCUGACAGCCCAAGGUCCCGGCAAAUGCGACUACAUCGUCUGCGACAUCACGGAUCCUGAACAAGUGCAGGAACUGGCGCACAAGCUUACCGAGCUCGAGCCAAACGGACUACACGCCCUAAUUAACAACUGUGGGCGGACAUACGUGGCUAACUACAAGGAUCAUCCUGACGACGAGUUUCUCGAUACCUUGCAACUGAAUAUGUUCACCCCUUUCCUAGUGUCCAAGACACUCCUGCCACUGCUGAAGCGCGCGGCGACUAAGGAGUGCCCAGCGCGUAUAAUCAACAUAACUAGCGUUGCUGGUUACCGAAUUUGUGUGUCCACCCACCCGGCGUACAUAUCGUCCAAGGCCGGUCUGAUCCAUCUGACCAAGGACAUGGCGCAAAAGUUUGCACCGGACAACAUCACGGUCAAUUCGAUCUCACCCGGCUCGUUUGACUCGCCAAUGCUGCGGGAUAGCUUGUCAGAGGACUUCUUUAUGCAGAUGCCAGAUUUAGUUCCGCUGCGCAGGUUAGGAAACACCAUAGACAUUACUGGAACUGUUGUGUUCCUUGCCUCGGAUGCCGGCUCGUAUAUCACAGGUACUGAUACGAUUCUUGAUGGUGGACUGCUUGUAGCGUAAUGAUAGAACAGCACCCUUGGAAUAAACACCUAUCAUAAACCUUUCUAGCUACAAUAGACGAAUAUUUUGACUGGA